UAUUCCAGUACUACUAACCAUACAUGCCAGUUGCUAUUACUAAUCACACAAACCAGAUACUACCAUUAAUCUCAUAAACCAGAUACUACUAUUAAUCACAUAAACCAGAUACUACCAUUAAUCACAUAAACCAGAUACUACUACUAAUCACACAAACCAGAUAGUAAUAUAGCAAAUAGUAAUUUUCCUUCACGCUUUUCGUUAGUUCUUACGAGUUGCGAAUCGAUUCCUUUGGAACGGAAUCGGUUCCUUCUACAAAUCGUCCAUCGCUACAAUCCGAGGUGAGUUUUUGCCGUGGUGUGUGUGUGUGUGUUCGUUCUUCAGACAGGAAAACCUCACAGAGAGGUGUUUGUACACCAACAUGUAGCUUUAUCACACCUCCACCACCACCGCAAUGACCAGGCCUCCGUUAUCACCGUCUACAUCACCGUAAAGACACGACGCUAUUCUCCCGGAUCCGAUGGAGGGAGCAGUGAGGGUGGCCGAGGCCGGAGGGAGCUCAUCCUCAGCCGGGGCCGCUGUGGCGGAGGACACGGACACCGUCAUUGGAGUCGGAUACGGGAUAGAAGACACUGCUGCUAAGAAGACCUACAUAACUGAGAUGCCAUCCUCGUCCUGCCACCCCGGCUCCGGCCUUGAGAAGAAGAUUGGCCACAGGAGGGUGGAUGCCUCAGGGGAGACCACAUACAAAAAGACGACCUCCUCUGCCCUGAGAGGUGCGAUCCAGCUGGGCAUCGGCUACACGGUGGGCAACCUGAGCUCCAAACCCGAGAGAGAUGUGCUCAUGCAGGACUUCUACGUGGUUGAGAGCAUCUUCUUUCCAAGCGAGGGCAGUAAUCUGACUCCAGCGCACCACUUCCCAGACUUCAGGUUCAAAACAUACGCCCCUGUGGCGUUCCGCUACUUCCGGGAACUCUUCGGGAUUCGACCCGACGACUACCUGUACUCUUUAUGUAAUGAGCCCCUGAUCGAGCUCUCAAACCCCGGAGCUAGCGGAUCCAUUUUCUACGUUACCCGUGACGACGAGUUCAUCAUCAAAACUGUACAGCAUAAAGAGGCGGAGUUUCUGCAGAAACUGCUUCCUGGGUACUAUAUGAAUCUGAACCAGAACCCUCGGACGCUGCUCCCCAAAUUCUUUGGCCUGUACUGCAUACAGUCUGGAGGGAAGAACAUCCGGAUUGUGGUAAUGAACAACGUUCUGCCACGCGUCUUCCGCAUGCACCUGAAGUUUGACUUGAAGGGCUCCACCUACAAGCGCAGAGCAUCCAAGAAGGAGCGAGAGAAAUCCAAGCCUACCUUUAAAGACUUGGACUUUAUGCAAGAAGUGCCUGAUGGAUUACUGCUGGACACGGACACUUACAGUGCCCUGGUCAAGACCCUGCAGAGGGAUUGCCUGGUGUUAGAAAGCUUUAAGAUCAUGGACUACAGCCUGCUCCUGGGCGUGCACAAUGUGGACCAGGCUGAGCGUGAGCAGCACACAGACGGUUCUCUGAGUGAUGAGAAGAAGCCUGCAGCCCAGCGAGCACUUUACUCCACAGCGAUGGAGUCCAUUCAGGGAGGAGCUACCUGUGGAGACUCCAUUGACACAGAAGACACAAUGGGGGGAAUCCCAGCAGUGAGUGGGAAAGGCGAGAGGCUGCUGCUCUUUAUUGGCAUUAUAGACAUUCUCCAAUCUUACAGACUCAUUAAGAAGCUGGAGCACACAUGGAAAGCACUGGUCCAUGAUGGAGACACAGUAUCAGUGCACAGGCCAAACUUCUAUGCUGACCGGUUCUACAAGUUCAUGAGUUCUACAGUGUUCAAGAAGAGCUCCUCACUGAAGUCCUCUCCCUCGAAGAAGAGCCGCAGUGCACUGACGGUGCCCAAACAUAGCGGGCCUGGGGCAGCCUGGUCAGCCAGUCAACUCCCCUCAGAGAGAGACCACCACAUCUAUGGCCUGAGAGGAGCACACAGCUUUCCUGUGCUUGAGAACGACGGCCUGCAGCCAUGUACUCCUCCAUCAUUCGAGGAGGCCACCACAGCCUCGGUUGCCACCACGCUGUCAUCCAACACGUCCAUAUCGAUCCCAGAGCGAUCCCCCUCUGACACAGCAGAGCACCCCCGUUACAGGAGGCAAACCAUGACUCUAAAAGACAUCGAUGGAAGGAUGGUUGAUGUCCAUGAGGAGGACCAGCAGACUAUCACGGUGCAGGUGGAGGUUAAGAGAGCGACAGAAGACGAGGAGGAGAAAGAAGAGACAGUGAUCGAGGAGAAGGCAGAGUUUGAGGUUGAGAAGGAGUCUGUGAUCUCCUCCCGUACACCGCCUCCUACAGAGAGCUGUGUGCCCGGGGAGGCCGAUGUCCUUUCCCUGCCUGAAAUCAGAGAGACUGAGAUUCUGGACGACAUCAUCCCAGAGAUAGUCGACCAUCCACAGACAGCAGAUCCCCCUCCACCUGCGUCACCACCGGCAACCGUUUCUCUCGACGAUGUCGCCCUGGAAACAGGCACCGAGGCAGAAGCUCCGGAUACGCGGGCUCUGAGCUCCAUGCUCAGCAGAGAGCAAUCCGAGUCCCACAGCCAGGCAUCUGCAGACGAGGAGGUUGUGCCAAUCACCGAUAUCUAUUUUUAUGCCGAGGGGAGAUACUGGGUGUAUUCCCCUGCUUCUCAUCGACGCAAGCUCAGCUCGAGCUACGACGACUUUCCUCCAGAAGACAGGAGCUGGGUUUAUUCGCCAAUCCACCAUCGCUCCGAGUCUCAGCCCGUUUCUGAUGGAGAGAGUGAGGCAUAAACCGUAUGCAGUGUGAUAGGUGUUGGUUGAACUCGGAGCUGCUCUGUCUUUUCUCCGGUCACCCCCACGAGCCCUGCAGAAGGGACCCUGCUUUGCCGAGCAUCAUGGGAAAAAAUUGUAUGGCACUUUUCAGAACUAAAAGAAAAGGAGAAUAUCAUCAGCCAGUUGAUGCUCUGUCUUUUCCCAAGUCUCCUACAGGUCCAGCAAUCGUGAGAACAGUCUCGUACGAGGGAUUUCCUGUUUCCUCCGACACGCAUACUCUAUAUGACUCUUUGCGUGCUCUCUGAGAAUCAUUCGCCAGUCACGUUCGCAUUAUCCAAAUCUGAUCAUUUCCUCAGUCAAUGUAAGCACUCUUCCAUCACGUCUCAGUGGUUUUACGUGCUGGACUUUUUGUUUGUUUGUUUGUUUUGUAUUAUUGUGGGUUUAUUUUUAACAUUCCAUCAAUCCUCCAACACUGUCAUACCACAUUAUUUAAUUAUAUCAGUAAGUCUGUAAUUUACUGGUGAAAACUGAACUUGCUUCUCCGUGACGCUGUGCUGUAGGAGUUCCCCGGUUUGGGGACGGACGCUGCUCUUUCACGUCUUCUACGACAUAUCAGUGGCCGUGGCUCAGACGCCGUAACCGAGACAGCCACGGCUGUGAGGACCUUUCAGGGUUCGAGAUUUCAUUUAGAGCAUAUCAAAAGAGUGCUGGUGCGAAGUACUGUGUCCCAAACAAACAUCAGUAUUCCCAUCAUCCACCACUACUGUAGACGUUCACGUCACUAAUGUAGAAGUGACUCUGAAAAAGUGUCACGUUUUUACGUUUGUUUGGUGUCUUUUUUGUUCUUUUAUAUGAAUUUAGGAGCUGUUGAUGUCAUUUUACGUCCUAGCUGUUUUUAAUUAUCAUUUUACAAUAGAUUUGGGUGAGAUGUGGUCAUGUAUGUUGGAGUCCUACUGUUUUUUUUGUUGUUGUUUUUUUUUUUAUGGAAACAACCCUACAUAUAUACUCAGCAAAAAAAGAAACGUCCUCUCACAUUCAACUGCUUUUAUUUCCCGUAAAUUUCUUAAUAUGUGCAAAUAUUUGGUUUAAUAUGAAAACAUUCAACGACUGAGACAAAAAAUGAACAAGUUUCACAGACAUGUGAUGAACAGAAAUGGAGUAAUGAGUCCCAGAACAAAGGGGGGGACGAUAUUAAAAGUAACAGUCAGUAUCUGGUGUGUCCUCCAGCUGCUUUAAGUACUACAGUGCGUCUCAUCCUCAUGGACUGCACCAGAUUUGUCAGCUCUUUUCUGUGAGAUGUUACCCCACUCUUCCACCAAGGCGUUUGCAAGUUCUCGAUCACGUCUGGGGGGGACACACGGUUACAUGUAAUUUUCCACUGUAAGGACGAUCAGCUGUCCUUCCUGUCUCCCUGUAGCACCGUCUUAGACAUCUUACAUUACAGACAUUGCAGUUUAUUGCUCUGGACACAUCUGCAGUCCUCAUGCCUCCCUGCAGCAGGUCUAUGGCAUGUUCACGCAGGUGAGCAGGAACCCUAGGCAUCUUUCUUCUGGUGUUUUUCAGAGUCAGUAGAAAGGUCUCUUUAGUGUCCUAACUUAUUGUAACUGUGACCUUAAUUACUUCCCGCCUGUAAACUGUUCGUGUCUUAAUGACUGUUCCACAGGUGCUGUUUAAUAGUUCAAUAACUCUUUAUGGUUCAUUGAACAAGCAUGAAAAACAUCAUUUAAACCCUUUCCGAUAAACAUCUGUGAAGCUCAUUUGGGUUUUACUAAAAGAAUCUGUAAAAUCCAGUCUCCUGAAAAAGGGACGUUUCUUUUUUUGCUGAGUUUAGUUUACUAAAUCAUUCCUAACUUCUGAAAUUCUAUUUAAAGAGAUAAUCUCAGAUAUUCAUGAUCUUGCUGCCAUGCAACUGUGUGAGCGUGAGUGUGUAUGUGUGUGUGUGUGUGUGUGUGUGAGCGUGAGUGUGUGUGAGUGUGUGUAUGUGUUUGUGAGUGUGAGUCGGUGUGUUUGUGAGUGUGUGUGUGAGUGAGUGUGUGAGUGUAUAUAUGUUUGAGUGUGUAUGUGAGUCAGUGUGUGAGUGUGUGUGUGAGGGAGUCUUAAUACUCAAUACUGUGGUCAAAAAAAUAUUAAAAUGUACUCCAUUCUGCAGCUGUAUAACUCUAUAUAUAAUCUCUAUAUAAAACUGUUAAUAUUUUGUUCUUACUUUCUUCACACCGUGUCCCAUUUUGAAAGCUUUAUUUCAUGCAUAAAAUAUUUUCACCAUUAUUUGAUAGAUAAAAAAAAACAACAAUCCACAUCAGCUUUAUAUGUUUUUAUUUUUUUUUUUCUAAAUGAUGAAAUAUAAACCGAUUCUCGAUCUCAAUGUUGAAGUUGGUGUAGCAGUUUAAUCCAUCGCAUCACAAUGCAGUACGUGUGAUUGCCUUAUUUGGAUCAAUUAUUUUGAUAGCUAACAAGAAUGGAUCGAUUACCCCGACGUGUUCGUAAUCAAACAGCGUGCUAUUUUUCCAAAUAUAACGACACAGCUUGUGUUGUAGCUAUAAUGUACAUAUCAUACAAUCAGUAUAGUGUAUGUUUUAAUUGAUAGGGCUUUUAUUUUUGAUUGCAUGUAGAAAAGGAAAAAAAAAAAAAAAGAAAAAAAAACUAGGACGGGAUAUGUUAAUAACCUGAUGAAAACUUCUUGUCCUGUAUUCCAAACCGAGUUUGUCCGAAGGCUUUAACUGUUGACGUGUCUAAUGUAAAGCUCUGCUGUUUGUACGUAGUGUUGAAGAAAAAAAAUCCUUAGUAGUGUGUAUGAGUGUGCGAGUGUGUGGAUGUGUAUUUUAUUUGUUGAGGAAGAUGUGCUUUGUUAGCGUUUAUUUCCAACCAUCUUUUCCUCAAAGGCGUUGCAUGUAUUCAGCACUAAGAAGCUCUGUUGAGAUAUGUACCUGUGUCCAUCUCUAAAGGCAUUUACCUGAUGCCCUGUGUGUUUGUACAGAUCAGUGGAUGAUUAAUGGUGUAAAAAAAAUAAUAAAAUUAUACUUAAAAAACGA